CAGGAACAUUAUUAUAUCUCAGAGUCUGUAGAACCAUGAUUAUAUAAAUGGAAGUAGAUGAAGUAGCACGAUAACUCAGGACAGCUAUUUGUUUGUGAUUGAGAGAGAAAACACAGAAAGAACCCAUCUUUGAUCGAGAGAGAGAGAGAUAGAGAAUAUGAGGGAGAGAUAUGGAGAAUUUGUAGCGAGUCCAUAUAUGAACUCAUAUGAUACCACACCAGAGAGAGAAGGGCUGCAGCAGCAGCACUCUUCCUUAUCUGAACCUGGGAGCUUGUGGCACAGCCCUUCAUCUUCUACUGUUUCAGAGAGCUCUUCCUCCUUCAAAACCAGUGGUGAUUCGAGUUCAAGGAAAAGCCUCAAGAAAAAAUUUGGUGACAGGAAAAGCAGCAGUUUUGCAUACAGAAUACGCGAGCACGUGAAACUUGGGUCAAAGUUGUCUGAAACUGUCAAGGGAAAGUUGAGUUUGGGGAAAAGAAUUAUUCAAGAAGGUGGAAGGGGAAAUAUAUUUAAGCAGAUAUUUGGUGUGAAUGAAGGAGAAGAGCUGUUGAAGGCCUCGCAGUGCUACCUAUCAACAACUGCUGGUCCUAUUUCUGGCCUCCUUUUUAUUUCUACUCAAAAGCUUGCAUUCUGCAGUGAAAGAUCUAUCACUGUUCCUUCUGCAACUAAUACCACCCAAGUUGUUAGAACUCCCUACAAGGUUGUGAUACCUAUAACGAAGAUCAAAAUAGCUAGCCAGAGUGAGAAUGAGGAUAAACCACAACAGAAGUACAUAGAGAUAGUUACUGAUGAUGAUUUCGAGUUCUGGUUUAUGGGAUUCUUACGGUAUGAAAAAGCUUUCAGAAAUCUUCAGAAGGCCAUUUCUAUGAGUUUGAGCAAUCAAGAUUAAGAAGAAAGUUGAUCGAGUGGAAUGCCCCACAAAACGUGUUUUUAUAGGUAGAUUGAUGUCACUAGAAUCAGCACUUGUUUUUGUGUGUCCAUGUAUAAUGCCAAUGAGCUUUAUAUGUGCCUGUAACAUAUUUUCUUCAAGUCCACCCUUGUUCCUCAGUUAUGUUUUGACAAGUGAUGCUUAAUUUUUCGAUGAAUUAACCUUGAUGAC